CCCACUGCUGUGUGUGCUAAGGUUCCUCUCCCUUUAUUUGAGAGACUGCAGGUGUUGCUGUCUGCUUGUGAGUGAGAGAGAGGAGAGCAUUCUCAUCUCCCCCCUCAGGCUUUCCCUGUCUCCUUGUUCCUUGUCAACCCUUUCCUCCCUCCCGGACCAGCACCCAUCUCAAACCGGACUGACCCAAACCUUCCUGGACCCUCCACUUACCACAAUCCUUUGGGACACCUCCUUAACUUCAUCCUGCCUUCUGAACCAGAGCUCUCCAUAUGUUUUGAGUUGAAGUGCUGAGCGUUUAGAGUAAGGAGGCCGCUACUGCGUCUGGUUGCACACGUUUCAAAACUCGUCUGAGUUGCAGAGGGACUGGUCGAUGAGCUAAAAUUGUUCAAGUGAAACCUCAUUGCAGCAACAGUAUUUUAAAAAGUCUGCUUGAAGUGUGAAGGCGCAAAGGUCACAUGACCUGGAAGGGAAAACCCAAGAGACCUUUGGGAUCACUCAGUGAGUGGGCUGGAUUUCAACCUGGAAAGAAGUCUAACGGCUGAUGAAUUAAUCUCCUGCAAAACCCAGGGGCAGGUCACCUCAACCUCCGACCUUCCUAUCAUCUACGUUCAUCCUUAUGCAUAGAGAUUAGCAGCUGGGUGCAGCAUUGAUUCCAGCAUCUCAACAACAACCAACAACAAAUUAUGUUAUCACUUAUUUAAAGACAGGAACAAUUUAUUAAACAAGGACCCAAUUGUUCAAACCUGGCUCUUUACAAAGUUGUCAUAGUACAAGUAACACGUGACUUUCUGGUUGGCUGCUCUACCAUCCACACUCAUCUUGUCCCAGGGACUCCUGUAUAGUGACCAUACUCCUGCUUUAUCUCACACCACACAAAAUGGAAUCCAAAGUCUCAGAAGGCGGACUGAAUGUUACCCUCACCAUCCGGCUGCUUAUGCAUGGCAAAGAAGUUGGAAGUAUUAUUGGCAAGAAAGGAGAAACAGUAAAGAAAAUGCGUGAAGAGAGUGGAGCACGGAUCAACAUCUCUGAAGGAAACUGUCCGGAGAGAAUCGUCACUAUCACUGGCCCCACUGAUGCAAUAUUUAAAGCCUUCGCAAUGAUUGCUUACAAGUUUGAAGAGGACAUCAUUAACUCAAUGAGUAACAGCCCUGCUACUAGCAAACCUCCUGUGACUCUUCGAUUGGUGGUGCCUGCCAGUCAGUGCGGAUCACUGAUUGGCAAAGGAGGGUCCAAAAUAAAGGAAAUUAGAGAGUCAACAGGAGCCCAAGUUCAGGUGGCAGGGGACAUGUUACCCAAUUCAACCGAGCGUGCUGUGACAAUCUCUGGAACCCCCGACGCCAUCAUUCAAUGUGUUAAACAGAUAUGUGUGGUCAUGUUGGAGUCCCCACCGAAAGGUGCCACCAUCCCCUACCGCCCAAAGCCCGCCUCCACCCCCGUCAUUUUUUCAGGUGGCCAGGUAAGAGCCGACCCGCUGGCAGCGUCCGCAGCCAACCUCAGCCUUUUACUGCAGCACCAGCCACUGCCUGCCUACACAAUUCAGGGACAGUAUGCCAUUCCACAUCCAGAUCAGUUGACCAAGCUCCACCAGUUGGCUAUGCAGCAAACCCCUUUUACUCCCCUUGGACAGACCACCCCUGCUUUCCCUGGUAUGGAUGCCAAUCCCCAGGCCAGUACUCAUGAACUCACCAUUCCCAAUGAUUUAAUAGGCUGCAUAAUCGGGCGCCAGGGAACCAAAAUCAACGAGAUCCGUCAGAUGUCUGGAGCGCAGAUCAAAAUUGCUAAUGCCAUGGAAGGCUCAGCGGAGCGUCAAAUCUCCAUUACAGGAUCCCCCGCCAGCAUAAGCCUCGCCCAGUACCUCAUUAACGCAAGGCUGACGUCUGAGGUCACUGGAAUGGGCACCCUCUAAUUUCUACCCACCAUCCUUCACUGCAUCACCUGACCCUCCUGAGCCAAUGGCAUUGCACCUAGUCUCUGUAUUCUGCUGUCCUGCAUUUGAGUGAUACUUACUUAUUUAUAUAAUAUAAUCUAUACUUAUACAUAUUUAUAUACCCCAGUUCAGUGUCCCUUCUCCCAUACCCAGAAUUGUUAACAGAUGCCCCAUCCCUGCUUGUCCAUUGUUUUGAAUAAGAUUCUUUUUUUGACACUCUAGUACCAUACUUGACAAUAGUGGUCACUCUGCAUAAACAUCCUUUUUGCUGUACUGUUUUUCUAUUUGUGUUGUGCGCUGCAGACAUGUGACUCCUCUUCUUUUGCACUAUUUGGUGCAGCGUGGCAAAGAAUGGUGGUUUAAAAAAAUGAUACAAUAUUGCCAUAUAAUACGUGUCUAUAUUGUGUCUGCAAGGGGGUAUGUACUGUAUAAUGGAUGAAGUCCAAUAAUUAGGUUUGUAUUUGUGUUCAUUUGCUUUUUCAUUUAAAAGAUAGAGGCUGAGUCCAUUUUUUGAGGUUUAUUUAUAGAUAUAGAAUUAAUGUUUUACCACGUAAAAAUCUAUUGAGAUGUUGUGGGGUUUUUUUUUUACAAGAUUUUAAAGAUGUGGUGCCCCAUAAGGUGUUGAAAGACAAAAAUGGCUGUCAAUAAAAAUGAACACAAAUACAGUAUCAUGAUAUUUUGAUGUAAGGGUAAUCUUUCUGUCAUUCACUUUCAUUGCGAUUCCAAUCAAGGACAUAUUACGUGUAUUUGGAAACAACUGAGCCCGGCGCAGAUUUUAUUCCCUAAAAUGAUCUCCUUGUAAAUGUGAUGUGGUCAAUAUAGCAGCUAUAUCCUAGUGUAGCCUCGCACAAAGACAUCCAUUCAAUGCAAGGCUUUAAUGUUGUGAAACGGGUCCCUUGUUAUAAAAUGCAAAAUGCCUUCCAACAAGAAAACUGUAGCUGAAUCCCACAUUGUUAACUCCCCCUUACCCAUUGUAUACAUACAGUAUAACAGUAUACCUCCACAGACGCAGCCAUGCACAAGGUGGAAACAUCAGUGCAUCCUUUCAUAGAAAUCUAAAAAUCUUUAGGGUGUUACCUGAUCCCGAAUAGAUAUACUGUACUGUAGCAUAGUUUAUACAAUCACACUGAACCAAAUGUUUUAGGGCCAUGGAAUGUUUAAAGGUUCUGUCCAGAACCCAGGGAGGUAGGUUUGGACUUUUUUUUUUUUUUUUUUUUUCAAACUGGUCUUCCUACCUCUCGUACAUGAUUGUUUCUUCUUUUUUUGAUGUCUGCUUUUAUAACCAAUACGAUGUUAUUUUCUUUUCAAAUAAGCUGCGUUGAUGACGAGCACUGAACAAUGUGUUUGCGAUUUCAAACUUUGUCAUUUUUUUUCCUGGUCUCUUCACUGACUCUCAGUGAUCACUGAGCUGGUAUUGACAGGCAGUGGCUAUGAGCUGUAAAUUGUUAGCUGUUAAAGUGACAUGAAGCGGCUUUGAAACUGACCCAAGCUGAUCUUCCACACAUAGCUUUGAGAAAGAAACUGAUGAGAUAAAUGAAUGUAAACUACCUUCAGUAGUUUAAUAGGAAUUUAACAUCAGUUUGGAAGCAGACAUUGUGUGAAACUAUAUUGUUUCAGAUUUUUUAAAAUGUUUUAUUAUAAGUUCGGACAAUGUUAUAGUAACCAUUAAUUUUAAAUGAUAUGACUUGUGUGUCAUGCAUCAGUAAUGACAUAUUAAUGUGCUGCACUGCAGUUAGUAAAGUAUGUGUCUUAGGUCUGAACCUCAGUAGUGAUUGUUUCAAUUUUUAAUGUGCAGUUCAGAAUUGACAGUAUGAGAGGUGAUUUGAGUUUUGUUGGAAUGUACUGAAUGGUGUGCACAUUGUGAAUCUGUACUACUCUGCAAUGUACAAUAUGAUAAAAUACAAUAGUGUACUAAACUAUACUAUAGAGUAGCGGUUCCCAACCCUGGUCCUGGGGACCCCCUGUGUCUGUUGAUUUUUAUUCCAACUGAGCUCUCAGUUACUUAACUAGACCCUUAAUUGAACCAACCAAGUUUGCAGCCUCAGUCUGGCAGAACUGAAAUCUAGUUAAAGACAACUAUUUAACACUCACUAUUUAUUAAUAUUGGUUUAUGCACUAGCUUUCUUGCCUUUCACCUCAGGAUCCGUGAAAUAAAUGUGGUGGUCCCAACUAAGCCUAUAAUGCGCAUUGGUCACAAAACCACCAUACAAUUUGGCACAAUUCGGUGUGCUUGAGAUACACAUGUGAUAGCUGUUCAGGUGACAGAGCUGUGAGGAGAAGCCAUUGUCUCUCCCCUUUCAUGAGAGCUAAUAGUAUAUAUAGAAAAUAGUAUAAUCAUAGAAAGUUAAGGGAAAGGGGAGAUAAUACAUGUUAAAAUGGAAUUUGAAGCGAUCUCUAUUCAACCAUGCAGACAAAUCAUUUAUACGAAAAACCACAUGCAGUGCAGUAUGAGCAAUUUUAGCAGAGAUCGCAUUAAGCCAUGAAUCUGAUUCUAACAACGUCUAUAGAACGGUAAAUAUUAUUCAUGUAGUGGAACUUCGCACAUGGUUUGAAAAUAAUAUUUUGUACUGUACAUCUAAGGUUCUUUGUAAUUACCCUUCACAUUUCCUUUCAUUUAAUGUAAAAAUGUAUUACGAUGUUCAGAAGCUGUAUUAUGAAGUUCUGAUGCAUGAGAUUCGGUAUGAGUUCAUUUAUGUAACCACUUUUUCUUUCGUUCCACUUUUCCAUGAACAUUUUUGUUUUCCUGUACUAGAGCAGCAAAAAAAAAAAAAAAGAUCCUGUUAUGUAUGUGCUUAUGUAUCUUCUGCUGUCAGAAAUUGUAACAAAGAGUUUGGUUUUUAUUUUUAGUUUAAUGACAUGCUGCUUGCAGAUCUAUAUUAGAUUUAAAUGAUUGAAAUUAGAUAACCCUUUUAACUGUUUUGUAAAAAAGAAAAAUAAACUUUCUUUAUCCCUUGUUUGAA